CACUUUUAUUAAAAAUAGUGAAUUGAAUAGUUAUCUUGUUCAGUCAGUCAGUAGUGGAGUUGUCAAGUCAGUGUUUUCUUUUAUUUACAUUAUUUCUUCGAUUUAUCAACCAGUCAGGGUUGCCUUGAGAAAAGGCUCUCUUCUGCUUGUGAUCCAAUUUUCAAAUGAAUUUUAUUUUGAUGGGACAUGGACAUCGCUUUCCUCUCUAUAGAAGGCCUGACAACAAAGAAAUGGUUUCUUUAACUUAAAAAUUAAAAAUUGUUAGUAACCACCAAAAGAAACAUGGGGGAUAAUUUUAAGGAAGAAUCUUUAAAGGAAGAACAAGAGUUAAUUUUGAAGAAUAUUAGAGAUGAAAGUAAGGAUAGUGGAAAUAGAUUAUCAAUGAAAAAAUCAAUUAUUGAUCAUAUAUCCAGUAACAAUGAAAUUAUUUUUAAUAAUAUUCAUAAACGCAAAGAAGACCUUAGUGAACAAGAGAAGAGAUUAUUAACUGAAGAAUUGUUAGAUCGUGACUAUGGACUAUUUUUGGCAAAAUUUGGAAAUUACCUAUCAAAAGAACACUUAUGCUAUUUUGAAAACCGAAAUGAGGAGGAAAGUGUAAUUGUAGAUCUCCAUUUAACACAACUCAAGAAAUCUUAUGAAAAUAGGUCUAGCACCGAAAAGUCUUCACUGAAAAAUGAUACUUGUGAUGAUCCUCAAGUUUUAGAAAUGGAGUUAGCGUUUGAACGAAGUCAAACUGAAAAGAAUCGACUGGACCUUAAAGACAAGCUUUUAGAUCAUCUCUCAUUAAGCAAGGAUGCUCAUUUCAAGAGCCAACAAAUUGGAGAACCAGAUUUAAAUCAAGCCGAAAAGCGUAAAAUUGCUGAAAAUGUUUUAAAGCACAGUCCUGGACUAUUUCUUGCCAGAUUUGGAAUACACUUACUUGAAGAACAUCUAGAUUAUUUUGACACUGACAUGCCUUCUCAAGAAGCUUAUGAAGUUUCUUAUCACAUUAAACAGCUGAGAAAAAACCAUUGCAGAACAGUUACUAAGGUUGGGAUAAAGAAUAGAAGGUUUGAAGCUUUAAAGAAGAUGGUGGAAGAAGGCUCUUACUUUUGUGAAAGUGAGAUGCGAAAUCGGAACCCGCUGCUCUAUGAGCAGUUAGUUGGAAGAUUCUUGACUCCUGAUGAACGAAGAGAAAGGAUAGACAAUAUAGACACUACUAAUAUUACUUUUGUCAAUCUUCUUCUGGAGCAAAUGGAUCGUGAAAAUAUAAAAAAGUUGAAGAAAGAACAAGAAGAUGAGGAGGAUAAUGCGAUGGAAGAAGAGGAUGGAGAUGAAUUAGUAAAUGGUAUGGAAGCAGAAGAUUGUGAUUCUGAUGAAGAUAAUCAUUUAGAUAAGACAUUAUGGGGUGAGGAGCUUACUGAUGGGGAAUCAUCUGCUUCAAAAUAUUGUGCAAAGAAAAAUGGAAAGAAAGUACAAGAAAGGAGAAAUGAGGAGAGGAUAGAAGAAAUGUCUGAUGCUGAGAAAAAAUUAUUACUUGAAGAAUUCAGAUCUAAUAUGUUCUCAAAUUUUCUUCAGGGAAAAGAUGCUGACUUUGACUACAGCCAAGUUGACAACAACUCGGAUUAUGAUGAUUUGGAAGUGAGAGGGCAAGAUGAAGAGGAGAAAUACUUUGAUGAGGAAAGUCCACAGGAUGGCAUGUCCACCGGGAUGUCAGAUGAUGAAGACUUGCUAGAGCAGUACAUGAGCAAGUUGAAUCCCGAACCUACAACCCAACAGUUGACGGACAAAAUGAGCUGUCUGAGUCAUCAAGAGACUUACAGUACUUAAAUUUACUAUACAAUGUGCAAUUCAACUCAAAAAUAAGUGUUUGUUUGGACUCAAGCUAUUGUAACAGAUUUUAAAACAAAGUAAUAAAAGAGGGCCGAUUCUAUAAAGGAAUACCAAGAAUACCUUCAUUUAGCAUGUAAAAUUAACUGCCAAGCGACAAUUAAUUUAGUUGCAAACUAAUCAGGUGCCAAAACAAUUUUGAAAUUCUGGUAACUCAUUUUGAUAUGAGUUUUUAUGGAUGUUUUACAGAAACAAUGGUUUGAAACAAUUUCAAAUAGAUCAAACAUACAUAAAACAAUUUUAAAAUUGUUGCGAGCUUGUAUAAAAACAAUUUUGAUAACAGUUUUUGAAGUCGAAGCUGUAUAAAUUGUUUUGAAACAAUUUCACAGUUUUGAUAUGAGUUUUGAAGUAGUAUUUAAUUUAAGUAACACUUAUAUAAACAAUUUUGAUAUAGUUACUAACAAACUGAUUUAAAAACAAUUUUAAAAUUGUUCAAAACUUAUUUUGAAAAUGUUGCAAACUCUUUUAAAAUUUGUAUAUAAAAUUUUUUGUCGUUUCAACAAUAUUUAUGCUGACCAGGUUUGGAGGUGAAUAAACUGUUUAAUAUUAUUUUAUCAGGCAUCAGUUUUAUGGUAGAGUCCUCCCUUUAGGCCAAGAUCAUCUUACUGUACAUAUUUAAAAAUGCAGAGUUUUUUUAAACAUUUUAUUUGAAGAUUCUGAAUCAACCACUGACUUAAUCCUAGAGUGCUGAAGUGGCAACCGACAACAUUUGUUAAUAUUGACUAAGGUAACAUUUUUACCGGUUGCAUUUUUUGCACAAGUAUAGUUGGUGACAUGACAUAACUCUUAUACCAAUGGAGGGAUGAGAUUCUGUUUCAUUUUGUCAUAAGAAUGAGCCUUAUAACAUAAGUAUAUCAAUCUAACCAUGAGUUACAUUUGAAUGAAAAUAACAGGCUAACUGCUGACCGCCAUGUUUUGUUGUAAAAUCUUAAAAGAUUAGUAAUUUAAAAAAAAAAUCAUAGCAGACGUAAUUUUUGUUUAUCGCAAAGACAAGACUUGGUACCACUGCAACAAGGAGGAAGUAGACUUUCAUUCUGUAUAAAAUGUAAUGUCAUAAUACAUUCCUACAGCUGAUAAAAAUUUUUUUGUAAAUAGCCAACUUUUACCUAAGAAUAGUGUGGCGAAUCGACAAAAAUUGUCUAUCUCUGAAAUGCAUAAUAUAAAAUUGUGAAAAGUACAAAAACGUGACGAAAAAACGUAGAAUUAAAUGUUGUCAGGUUGGUCACUGAGGUUGUUAAGAUUUUUCAAAGCUGGAAGAAAAGAACACUAUUGUUAUCGUCUAACCUCAAAUGGCGGUGUCAUCGAGAGUUUUUGUCCGAUAACAAGACAAAGUGUGAGUUAAAUCUGUAAUUUUACAGUGUAAUGUGCAUUUUAGUGUAGUGUUGUGUAUUAGGUGUAAUAUUUAUGCAUUAUUUUGCACAAAUAUUUACACACUUGAUCCAAAAUAGGAUAUAAAGUCACUGAAGUUUUGUGUUAUUUUGUGGCCUAUAACAGCUGAUCAGUGGUUUUGUUUACAUUUUUGCUCAUGUGAAAACAACGUAUUCUAUUAUUUGUCUUAUUUAGAAUUAGCACCAGGGGACCCAGAAUUGCUCGUGGUGUUUUAUUUGAGGCCUACAUAAUAUGUACAAUUUCCAUGAUAUUAUAAAAUACAGUCACAAAUAAAACAAAUUACAGUAGAACCCUCAUAUCCAACCUGGGAAUAAUUGACUCCUCGGGAUAUCUGACCUAGUGUCCGACCAUCUACUUGUUUCCUGUCUGGGGUGAUAACAACGAGCACGAUCGGGUUAGCCGAAAGGAGGCCGAUCGUGGAUGUUGCCUAAAGCUGCGUUUACAAAACAACA